CCGUAACAAUUCCGGGUCAAAACACGAAUGACGUGCAGGGCAGCGUUGUUCCCGAAAUCCACGAUUUGAGAGGGCAAAAUGGACGAUAUUGCCGGUUUCGAUUCAUCUCCGUCGGAUAACAAGGCGACGUACGUCCUGAGCAACGUUGUGGAGGUCGUCGAGCGAAUUCUUACUUUUGUUCCGACCAAAUCUCUGCUACGAAUCGCAAGUGUGUGCAGGCUAUGGAGCAACUGUGCCCGACGAGUGCUCAGAACUCAACAGCAGUUGACAUGGGUUUCGGCCUGUGGUCCCUCUACCACGGAGGUUCAUGCCCUCUGCAACAUCCUGGCUGAAGAGGUGGAGAAAGUAUUUCUCCUGCCCAAAACGGUCUUAGUGAUGAUGGACUGCGAGGCCUUCAAGCUUCCAGGUUACUGCUACAGACAGAAAAAAUCAAAGAGGAGCCGCCACAGUCCAGUUGAGAAGCUCAUCCAAGUCUUCCCGAAAAAUUGUGACAUUAUCGGCAUUGCUAGUCCAGGAAUUGUCUUAACCCCGACUGGUUCUCGCUCCAGACCUCCCGAGGAGCAUCAGGAAGGAGAGGCCGGCUUUGCUCUCAUGUUUCCAAGCAUGGAGGGCAUCCACAUCAGGCCUUUUCAUUUCUGCCAAAAGUCCCUCUCACCAAGCACUCUAAAAGAAGCAGGACUCAUCGACAACCCAGAGUUAAGGGUGGUCCUCCUGUUUGUCUAUGAUGCGUACAAAUCUGGAGGAGCGCGUUUCCUUGGCCAAAUCCUGGAGCCUCUGGCCAAGAGCAAAGCUCUCAUCGCAGGGGGACUUGUAGAAAGCGUCUUUCCCACCAGCUUCUGUUGUAGCCGGGGUGCUUACGGCGUGUUGGGCCUGGCACUCAGCGGCCCCAAAGUGCAGGGCGCCUCGGUGCUCUUGGACCAGGACGUCAGCAGCCCCAAAGCGGCCGAGGCCACCAUCCGCAGGCUGAAAGCCGCCAAAAUCCCCGAGAGGAACACCCUGGGCUUCAUGUUUGCGUGCGUCGGCCGAGGGCAGAAUUACUACAGUAACCAGAGCAACGUGGAGGCCGACGCCUUCCAAAAGGUGUUCCCUGGAGUUCCGCUGUUCGGCCUUUUCGGCAACGGUGAGAUCGGCUGCGACCGCAUCGUCAAAGAUGACUACACGCUGUGCGACACCGACACAGACUGCCUGCAGCACGAGUACACCACGGUCAUGACGCUGGUCCAUUUGGGUUGAUGGAUAAAAACGAACAAUUGAGCUGGAAAGCAUUGCCGUUUACCCUUCAGCUGUCAUUUUAAUGGCAACCGCCGGGACUCCAUUGCUUCCCUCUUAACAGUUACAAUAGUUUAACAUUGAUCAUCUCUUAUCGUAUCCUUCCGCGAUGUAGCACUCUUGUAAAACAUGUAAAUAUUUCGCUUAAACUUUUGCAAACAUUUCAGUCAGAUUUUGGGUCGCCUUACAGGGUUUUUGCUUUAAGAAAGAAAAAAAAAAAAGAACCUUGCGCUAUUGUUGAGUUUUAGAGUUGUAGUUUCUUAUCUAGCAAAGGCACUUUUUCUUCCUGUAAUGAGGAGACGUCACUUUCCUUUCGCAAAGCCAAGGCAGUUUUGAUACACAGUGUGAACAAAACUAUUCGGACCCCUGCCCAUCACACUUACAGGUACAGUAUAUCGUGUACCGGCAUCCCAAAGAGCUCUUGUGUGAACUGAGGCUCUUUCACACUGCUUAUAAAAAAAUGCCAACUUUAGUCUUUUUCCUUGUCACUCCCAUUUAUACUGGACAGCAACCAAGUUAACUUUGCAAAUUUCCCUUUCUUGGGUAACAACAGUUAGUUGGGACCUGUGUUUAAGGGAAUUCUUCAAUGUACCAGGGAGGUGAAGUUUGACACUUGAUGGUGAUUUCUUUUGUGUGAAACUUGCUCUUCCACUGUCUCCCCGCAAAUAUCUCACAUGGUGUGAAGAGCGAGAGGUAAGUUCCUUGUAAAUGCCUGAUCUACUUUUUAAUGACUCCGAUGCGGGCAGAAGCAACUGUGCACAUGGCUAAUAAUCCUUUGUAUUUCUAAAGGCAUUUCAUAAGCCUCGGCUACUUCUAUACCAAACUCCUUCAUACAUGCCUUUAAUGGAGUGGGAACAGAAAGGAACCUCCCCACCAACUGUUACACUAAAUUUGAAAAUUGUCUGGAAAUAUACAAAAACAAAAAAACCUUUCCUUACAGUGUUCACAUGAGGCAACACCUUUCAUUGUUGUGUUUUGUGGACAGCUCUACCUGGUACAGCAUUUUAAGCUUUUCCUCCAACCUAAGUGGAGACUGGAGACAGACAAAAUAGUAGGCUUAAAUGGCCCCGUAAUAAAUAACUGUUUUGGUACUGCCAGAGUGUUAUAAUGCCAGUAAAACUUUCCAAGGUUCGACAGGCUUCCUUGUGUAGUACGCUGACGUUUGCUGUGAUCCUUAUGUGGUGAAGGUGCAAUUUCCACAAGUAUCUAUGAUGCAUUGUCACCUAAAUAUUGAUAUUAUCUGCUGCUGUCUUUUGAAGAGUUCCAAUAUUUUUGCUCAAGUAUACUGUAACAACCCUUCUACUGUAACAACCCUUCUUUAGCCCACCAGAUGCUCCCAUUAGGUAUCUGUUGAGAUCUAGUGCAAGAGCUCUAACGGCCUGUUAACCGGGUGGGCAACCGGUUGCCUGCCAUGCAAUUCUAAAAUAACUAAAACAACAGAGGGACUUUAUGAAAAGCCAAAUACAUAAAACCCACAAAUGCUCAACCUCUGCUAAGCACUUGCACUGACUCUCAACAGAUGACCCGUGAGUACAGUUUCCUUGGGGAAAGAAAUGUCUCAUGUUGGUUUAUUUUUUUGUGUAAUUUUCGUCUGGGUAGCAAGUGCACUUUUCUACACGAUGUGCCAAAAUCAGAUCUGCUUAAAUCUGCCCCCC